UUCACAAAACAGUUUUCUCCCUUAGUCAUUUUCUGGCAGUUUUCCAGUUUUGAGGUAGCAACUUUGAGGCCUUGGAAAACAACCUUAAUGACAUCUUCUAGAUCCUCAAAGCAUACCAUUGGAAACAUAACAACUUUAUCUGGAAAAAAAAUCCUUGACCUCCAAUUUCCAUUGAGCCAUUUGUGAGGUAGAAGCUUCCAAAGUAGGCUACCUGAAACUGUUUCAACACUUAGUCAAAAAUCAGAAUUCUUCAUGUGAGUUGAGAUGACUUCUUUGGCAAGUAAUUUUGAAUUGUUGAUUGAUCCAAUUGGGAUCAUAUCAGGAGGCUAAAUAUAGCGUUUUGGGUUGAAGUUAGUCUAAGAGAUCACCCACCAACCUCAGCCCCAUAUUCCCUUUUCUUUACUCGCAACUAGGAAAUGUUUUGUUGGGACAUCAACAACUCACAUCUCCAAGACAACCAAACGCCCAAUCGCCAUCGCCAGUUUCUCUUCCAGAAUCGUCGGGUUGUUGUGGCUGGGCGUUUCUUGUCUUCACUCACUCUCCAGGUUCUAACCCUUUUGCCGACUCUGCCUUUCUUUUCCUCCCUUCAUGAUUCUGGGUUGGGAUGACGAUUGAUGUUUUCCCCCCGUCUAAUGUUGAAUUUGCGUUCUUUGUUACAUUGGAUCAUCUGGUUGAAGGCUCCAAAUCUAUCGGUUUUGAUCGACUCUGGUUUUUUGGUGGGUUCAUCGAUUUAGAAGGUGUGAUUCAUUCUCAUGUUCUGUUUCGUUGAAAAUCUGGAAUCUGGGAUUGGUUUAUCUAUUUAUUCGUUAGCUAUCCUUUACCUUUGACUGUUCAUUUGCAUUGUACCCGUUACUGUUUAUUAUAAAAUAAAAUGACGCUACUUAGUUAAAAAGUUGGUGAAUUCAACAGCCUUUUGGUUGUCCAUGUGUAUCAGGCGAGUUAGAUUGGCUAAUGUUCGUGUAAAAAUGGAGAAAUUUGCUAUGGCACAAAUAGUUGCAUUGUUUAAAAAAAAUUACUGUUGUGUUAAUAAAUAGCACAAAUAUUUGUGUGAGUGGCAAAAUUUUAUGCAUUCACAGUGGUUUGUGGUGGAAAAUCUUCCAAUAUGAACUCUUUGAUCAAGCUGGUUUUGUUCAUUUGAUCCUUCAUUGGUUGUAUUCUCCUGUUGCAACUUGAUUCUAAGUGUCCUUCAACUCCAUUCACACAAUACCUAGAAUGCCUCUUCCUGUAAGGUUAGCUGAACUUGAAUAUUAUUCUGCAGAUGGGAGAAGUUGCCAAGGAUUUGGCUGCAGGGACAGUAGGAGGGGCAGCACAGUUGGUAGUUGGCCACCCUUUUGACACCAUUAAAGUAAAGCUCCAAAGCCAGCCUGUUCCACUCCCCGGACAGCCUCCAAAGUAUGCAGGUGCUAUUGAUGCAGUGAAGAAGACUAUAUCAGCUGAAGGCGCCGGUGGACUGUACAAAGGCAUGGGAGCUCCUCUAGCCACAGUUGCUGCUUUCAAUGCUGUGCUUUUCGCUGUACGGGGACAAAUGGAGGCUCUGCUAAGAUCAGAACCUGGUGCCACGCUCACCAUUGGCCAGCAGGUUGUUUGUGGUGCUGGAGCUGGAUUGGCAGUCUCCAUUCUUGCUUGUCCUACUGAGUUGAUCAAGUGCAGGUUGCAAGUACAAAGUGCUGCACUGGCAGUGGCUGACUCAUCUGCAGCCACCGUGGCAGUGAAGUACAGCGGGCCAAUGGACGUAGCCAAGAAAGUCCUGAGAUCAGAAGGCGGCACGAGGGGCCUAUUCAAAGGUUUGGUCCCCACCAUGGCCCGUGAGAUUCCUGGCAAUGCGGUCAUAUUUGGAGUCUACGAGCUGCUGAAGCAGACGAUGGCAGGUGGGCAGGACACGUCCAAGCUAGGCAGAGGUUCCCUGAUGCUGGCUGGAGGCCUUGCUGGGGCAUCCUUCUGGCUCUCGGUCUACCCUACAGACGUCGUGAAAAGCGCCCUUCAGGUCGACGAUUUCAGUAAACCCAAGUUCUCCGGGUCCAUGGAUGCGUUCAACAAGAUUCUGGCUGCAGAAGGUGUAAAGGGGUUGUACAAAGGUUUCGGUCCUGCCAUGGUACGUAGCAUCCCUGCGAAUGCAGCGUGCUUCUUGGCGUACGAGGUCACCAAGUCUAGCCUGGGAUGAUUCGAUUGAUGAAGUUAAGGUGAACUAACUUGGGAUUUUACUUGUUGGAUCACAUUGUUUUGUUGCUGAAUGUGAAAACUCUACUCUAGCAUUUAGUGCCAUUAAAUGAAAAAGGUUCUCUCAUAAAAUACGAAUUGUUUUUCUCUUUUUUUUUCUUCCAUUGGUAAUGUUUUUAUCAGCAGCAAUAGGAUUCUCUGGGAAUGCAACUAGGGUUUUGGAAAUUCACUGCUCAUCAACUGCAAUAACCUUGUUUUUGUGGAUUAUUGCCUUGGUCUACUACACUGAAAUUAGUAGCAAGUGAGUUUGCUGAUCAAAUUGAUAUUUAAUCUAACAGCAAAGAUCAUAUGAUGUACUGUGACUGGAGAAUGCUAUUUUGUUGGGCAUGUCUAUUGUUAUUUUACACUGUUAUUCAGUGUAUUGCUUUGCAAAACCGUAACUUAGCGGCGGUCCUGCCGAAAAACCACCUAACUGAAUCCUAAUUGGUAGGCGGCUUUGGCGGUAUAAACGGUUUUCUAGUACAACCUUCGGUUACAAUUCUUGUUAUUAAUUUUGGCUGUUGUUUUGAUAUAAAAAGACUUAGUAAUCAAAUUUGAAAUUGCGU